AUGCAGACAGCGACAGUCGCUAAAGCUCUGUUGGAUCAUUGGAUCACACUCUAUGGCACACCACUCUAUAUUACAUCGGACCAGGGAGCUCAAUUUGAGUCGGGACUAUUCAAGGAGCUCGCGCAAUUACUAGGUGCCAAGCUGAUACAUACGACAUCCUACCACCCUCAGUCAAACGGGAUGGUAGAGCGGUUCCACAGGACCCUCAAAGCAGCCCUGGGCUGCUGCGCGCACGCUUGGACAGACUGUUUACCAACAGUACUCCUGGGUCUACGCUCAGCCUACAAAGAGGACCUCAAAGCUUCCCCGGCUGAGAUGCUAUAUGGCACAACGCUCCGCCUACCAGGAGAGUUUUUCAUUUCGACAACAACAACAGCGAACCAGACGAACUUCGUGUCCAGCCUUAAACAGCUCUUCAAUAGCAUCAGGCCGGUACCAGCAUCGAGGCACACGACACCGCAUCCUUUUUGUUUCAGGGACUUGCACAGCAGUAGGCACGUGUUCAAAAGGGUCGACAGCAUACGCAAACCUCUGGAGCAGCCGUACACAGGCCCACAUCGCGUAAUCAAGCGCACGGAUCACCGUACAUUCGUUAUCGAGGAUAAGGGCACAGAGAAAACGGUCACUACAGAUCAGCUGAAGCCAGCGUACCUGGAAGCCUCUGAGCCAGCCGACCGAACUUUACCUCCACCUCAGACACCAGCUCAGUCACAAGCAGACGCCACUCCACCGGCAGAAUCUACGCAGCCUCCAACAAGAGCCGCUCAGCCUUCAAGUACACGGCAUGUAACGUUCUCAGCGGUUCCUGGGCUGAUCACUGGAGGGGAAGUAGAUGUGGCGACACAACCAGCUACGUCGGCGCCGCGAUCGAGGUGCAAACAACUAUUGGUGCCGAGAGAGUUCUUCUGA